AUGUAUCGAAACUCAAAAUUGGGGGUGGUAGAAUCUGUUCGUGCUGAAAUCGGAAUGUGGGAUUGCGGUGAGAUGAAUCUCAUAUUGCUGUCUGCUAUUUUCGUUAUCUGUAAAGAAUCUAUUUAUCUUGAACUGUUUCCAGAUAAAUCAUCAAUAGCUUUCAAAACCAAAGUAUCGCAGGAAAUACACCUUGGAUAUGCUUCCGCUUCUUUUUUCACUUUAGAAGUAUGA